UUUGAUCAAUACAUUGCUGUCAGUGAUCCUCUGCAUUAUCCCAACAGAAUCACUGUUUGUAAAACAUCUCUGUUCAUAGUUCUAAGCUGGUCUAUUACCCUGAUGUAUAUCAUAAUUGUUUUUUAUUAUAUUGACCAUCUACUUCAAUCUCAAAUAAUCACCAGUUGUUAUGGAGAGUUUGUAGUGAAUGGUAAAUUUUCCUGGUUAAUAACUGAUCUGGUGGUUUGUUUUGUAGCUCCUUGCUCUGUUAUACUGAUCCUGUAUUCAAUCAUUUUUAAAGCAGCAAGACGUCAAGCUAAAACUGUUAGAGCUGUAAGACAUGCGUUAAAGAAACACAGCUCUUCAAAUUCUUCGGAAAUCAAAGCGGCAAAAACACUGGGACUCGUGAUUUUUGUUUAUCUUGCUUGCUGGAUACCAUAUUACGUAUGUUCCCUGUCCAUUGAAAGCUUCACAACUGCCACAAUAGCGUGGACUGUGUUUGGAUGGUUAGUAUGCAUAAACUCCUCAUUGAAUCCACUGAUUUAUGCAAUAUUCUACCCAUGGUUUAGAACAUCAGUUAACAUUAUUGUAUCUUGUCGAAUAUUUAAAUCCACAUCUUCAAGGUUUAAUUUGUUCCCAGAUAAUUUUUAA